AAAUAAAAACUUAACACUCAAAACGAUUUGGAGAAGCAUGCGAAGAAAACAUUGUAACGAAAUAUUCUUUGAAUUAGUGUUGGCACAAUAUUCGAAGUUUGGUAACCGUAUCAACUGUAUGAUUGUGAUCAGUCCGUUAUGCCAAUUUUUUGCGUAUAGUUUAAUCAUAUAACACUUUUUAUAUGAUUUUUGAACUAUCGGGGGACCUGGCCGAGGCAUGAUUGCCAGCACUGCUCGAUAUUGUCACGAUCAUGCGACAUCUAGAUGCACGAGGGAGAAGACGCGAAAUACGGUGAUAUUCCAUCGUGAAGAAUGACCCUCACGAUCCAAAAUAUAGCAACCCAAGUGUAAUUGAGGAUUUUUCUUCUACUCCGGUGCUCAAUGCCUACACCAGGGCUUGGAAACGCGAUGCGUUGAUCAAGCAGCUUAAUAUAUUAUAUACAACGAGCUAGAGAUAACUCGAACUCCUUGAUUAUAUAUAAACAACUGGGACCUGUGCAAGGAGAUUGUAAUAUGUUCUAACCUCCUUGGAUCAGUGAGCUGUGGGUGUAGUACAGUGUAGUAAGCCGUGAAGAGUAUAUUCAAUGACUGUGACCAACACAACUGUGACAAAGCGUCAACUUAAACAAAUCAUUAAUACAGUUGGUGUCGAAUAUGCUGAUUACGGUUGGUCUGUUUUGGAGAGUAUGCGUCUGUAGUAGUGUCAGAUAGUGGCAAUUUGUCUGCAGUAAGGAGAAACAACCAGUUUUCAGUACAGACCAGGACGGGAACAAGUUGAAGAACAGUGACACAGUGUAUGGAACUUAAGUUGAGGUGAAAACGGGUUGCUGUGGUUCAGCUGGUUUAUUUUUCCCCCGGCCGAUUGGAACGAUUUGAACAGGCUGGUUUGACCCAUUCAGGGGAAAGUAUGAGGGAUUCUGUUAAUUUAUAGUUCUUGUAGUUUUGAAAUCAAUGCUCCCACUUUCAAAGUUAAAAUUUUGAUCAAAGGAAUUUAUGAAUUUAUUGUUAUUGUUGAAUAUUGUAGAUUAUGUAAAAAUGUCAUUGAUUAAUGUGAAUUAGGUUGUUAGGUACUUUUGAGUUAUUCUAUUGUACGAGUUUGAAUUGAAGAAGGGAGAAGUACUUAGAACAAAUUUCCAGUUUCUGCAAAUUUGUUUAAUAAUGUAUUGUGUUGUAACAAUCAAAUAUGCAGGUUAAGUGAAUUGAAUAUGUCACGUCUAGGCUCUCCAUACUCAAUGGGGUAUACUCACGAUGAAUAUGAUUUUGAAGAUGACAAUGAAGAAGACUUGGAUGAUGAGCGUGAAAAUGAUGAUCAGGAUGAAAGUGAUGAAGAUACGGAGGAAGCAAGUGAAACUGACAUGGGGAAAUCUGAAGAAUACACAGAAAUCAAGGAGCAAAUGUAUCAAGAUAAGCUUGCGAACUUGAAAAAGCAAUUGCAGCAGUUAAAAGAUGGAUCUCAUCCUGAAUACAACCGUAAACUUAAGAAGUUAGAUAUACAGUAUAAGGAAAGGUUGCGACUGAAUAUAAUUUCUCGAGAUUAUUAUAUUGAAUGUGUUGAACGAGAUUAUGUCCUUGAGAAGAAAGCAGCAGCAAAAGAAUUUGAAGAAAAGAAAGUGGAAUUACGUGAAACUCUUAUUUCAGAUAUGGAAGAGAAAAGAAAAAUGAUUGAAUCUGAACGUCAUACAAUGGAACUUACUGGUGAUUCUAUGGAGGUAAAACCUGUUAUGACCCGCAAGUUGCGACGUCGACCAAAUGAUCCAGUUCCUGUUCCAGAAAAGAGAAGAAAGCCACCUCCAGCUCAGCUUAAUUAUUUACUUGAUGAAAAGGAGAUUGAAGGAGAUUUAAAACACAUUGCACGAGGCAAGAUUUUGGGCCCCACCAGGAAACCGGCUUUGGUGCCAAACUCCAGUACUACUUCUGCAACUGGUCCACCUCCCCCAGAAACUAAUUCGUUGCCUGAAACAAGAAUUGAAGAUGGGAAACUCCUCUAUGAAAGAAGAUGGUAUCAUAGAGGUCAGCCUGUGUAUGUUGAGGGUAAAGAGCUUCCACGCUUUCCAGCAGUAAUUUCGGCAAUAGGAACUGAAGUGAUUUGGGUGAAGAAAACAACAGACGGUAGUAAGGUACGAAUAUGUACUUCUCAGCUAAGUCGAGGAAAAGUGACUAUCAAGAGGAGAGCAUCAUAAUUAUUACAUGAGUUGCAUCAAUCACUUCAUCAAUGUACAGUUAGAAUUGUCUUGUCAUAAUGCAUAAAAAAUUUUAAAGUAAGCUUCAACCUCCAUUACGUCUCUUUGAGAUGUGUGUGACAUUGAACUGAAAAGUGUAUUUAUUAAAGUCCAGUCCAUACGGAAGUUUUUAUACCUUAUAAUAUUUUUUUUGUAAAUAAAUUUAUUGAAAUAUUGUGUUGUGCUUUAAUUAUCUCAAAACAGU